GCAACAUCGCCAUCUUUGAUACAGGCAGUUCUAUCAACGGUCGUUCAUUCCACCCGUUCACCCUCCCCCCCACGUCCCCGCCCAUCACAGACCCCGGGAGUUGGAGCCGGUCCCGGGGAUGGAGGGCAGCCCCCUCCCGGAGCCGCUCCGCCGAAAACUCAGUCACUUCAGUCAGAGCGUCUUCAGCAGCAACAACAACAACCCGAGCGAGCGGAGACAGGCGGCCUGCCCGAUCGGGCAGGAGAGUGCGACCAGUCUACCUCUACAGAUUUGCCUCUACUUUAACCUCUAUUUCUUCCCAUUCUGGUGGGUGUGUGAAGUCGUCAUGUUGGAGCUGAAGUACCAAGUGCUGAGCACCUACUACCGCAUUGUGCUCUGUGUCCUGCUCAUCCUCAUUUCCCUGGUUGAAGUGAUCCGUCUUUACCUGGGCUACAUCGGCAACCUCAAGGAAAAGGUACCCGAAUUGGCUGGUUUCUGGUUGCUGAGCUUGCUGCUGCAGAUCCCCAUGACGCUGUUCGAUUGCUGUAACCCGCGGUUCAUGGUGCUGCCCCUGGAGUACGGUGUGAAUCUGGUCUUUAUUGCUUUCCUGCUCAUUGAAACCGUGCUCACUUUCAGCAGCCUCCGCCGUAUGGUCCACCAGCUGGAGAUCCGCUUUCACAUUACCCACUUCCACAGCCUGAAGGGUCACAGGGACAGCUUGACCCCACCAUCACCACCAAGCCACAGCUCGGGUAGUGCUCCCAACGUCAGGCACAAUCUCCCCACCUUCCAACCCCAGCAUGGCACAGCCAGCACCCAGAUCCACAGCUUGACUGCUCAUGGUGGCAUUGACUGGGGCACCCCAGCCUGAUGGGCACCAGUACAGCCAUUACGUCAUUCCAGAUCGUGACAUAAGACAUGGGGAUAGAAGGAGGAACACUAUCAGGGUGUGCCCACAUUGGUCAGCAUUACCCCAUGGCCCCGAUUGCCCACCAGUCUCUGGGGAAACAAUGUUCUCUGUAUAGUUCGGUUUGUCGCUGAUGAUGAGUGACAGCUAUCUAUUAAUGAUCCUGCCCUUAUUCAGAGACAUCCUUUUACCAUCUAGUGCCUCCAACUGUUUGAGAACACAGAAGAGCACUAUCAGUUCUGAACUGAUACCAGAACAACAAUGCCAUCGUGACCACAUUGAAUUUAUUUUUCCCAGGCACUGUUGGUUAUGGGCAAGAUAAUUUCUAGGGCAUCAGGACAAAUUCUCCCUCGCCUUUGACUAAAACCUCCAUCCUUCACUGCCUGUUGGUGAUGGAUUUGGGAAGUUUGUGGUCAAAGCUCACUGACAGAGUUUAUUCACUUCAUCAAGAAAUUUCUCUCACAUCCCACUGUCUCACCUCUCUUCCCAUAUCCAUCUCUUCCUCCCUCUUUAAUUCUCCCCUUCUCUUUCUGCCUUCUGAUGCUGUAUUUUCCUCUCUCUGUCUGUCUGUCUCUUCCAUUUUCGUAUUGUCCCCUUCUCUCUCCCCACUCUCUCUCUCUCUCCCCCUCUCGCCUCUCUGUUCCCUCUCUCCCACCCACCUCCCAUUGACAGUAUGUUGGAGGCUGGCCCUCUGGGCACUGUUAGUCACCUACCGGAACCCUUUUGGCCAAUGACCACAGGCAGGUGCUCACGAUGCAAGUAUGAUGCCCACCUUAACUGAGGGGUGUUUGCCGUUCUUUCCAAGAAAGCAAACUGCUUCUUUUCCCAAACAAUGCACUGAGAAAAGGGAUCAUGUGACACCAGAGAAAUUGUUGAUAGUCGUCAAUGGGACCUCUUGACCUCUGUGAUGCUUCCCUUUCGUUUUCAUUCACACACACACACACACACACACACACACACACAGGAAGAGAGGAAGGGAGAAUGGGCAAUUGGAUGAGAGUGUGUGUGAGAGAGAAAGAGAGAGUGAGAAUUUGGGGGGGGGGAAGAGCCUGUGUGUGUGUGUCUGUGUGUGUGUCUGUGUUUAUGUGUGUGUGGGCGUUUGUCUGUAUAUGUGUCUGUGUGUAUCUAUGUGUGUCUGUAUAUUUGCGUGUCCAUGUGAACGUGUAUCUGUGUGUGUCGAGAAUGUCGUGCUGCAAAUGCACAGCCAGUCAGGUAGCAUCUGACGAGCAGGAGAAUAGAUGUUUCGGGCAUAAGCCCUACAUCAGGAAUGUCUGUUGACCGUGUGUGUCUGUGUGUGUGCAUGUACGCCGGGGUUGGGAUUGGGGGUGGGUGGUGGUGCCUCUGUGUGUCUGAGAAAUUGUUGCUGCAUUUGCAUUUAAAUGCAUCCUGAUGCUCCUCAGUAAAUAUUAGGAAAUUUAGUUUUGAACAGAUCCCAAUUUCCAACAGUGCCCACUUUGAGAUGGGAAUAUCCUAACUUAUCCGUAACUGACCUAUAUACUUCAGAAGGGUACAUUUAGGGUGGGACAGUGGUUUUCUCGCACAGUUCAAAAAUGUGCAGGUUAUGUGAAUUGGCCAUGCUAAAUUGCCCGUAGUGUUAGGGGCAGGAGUAAAUAUAGGGGAAUGGGUCUGGGUAGUUGCGGAUCAGUGUGGAAUUGUUGGCCCGAAGGGCCUGUUUCCACACUGUAAGUAAUCUAAUCUAAUUGCAUUCCCUAAUUUCUUGCUUCGAUAGAGUCAAACAACAUGGAAACAGAGCGUUCAGUCCAACCUGUCUGUGCCAACCAGAUAUCCUGAACUGAAGUAGUUUCAAAUGCCUGCCCUCCAAAUCCCUUUAAAUCCUACUUCUCAUGUACCCACCCGGAUGCCUUUUAAAUGCUGUAAUUGUACCAGCCUCCACCACUUCCUCUGGAAGCUAUUACAGCUCCACCCUCACUGUGAACAAGUUGCCCCUUCAGCCUCCCCAUUCACCUUAAACUUAUGCACUCCAGUUCUGGACCCCCCUAUUCUGGGAAAAAGACCCUGCCCAUUCAUCUUAUCGAUACCCUUCAUAGUUUUAUAAACCUCACGUAAUGAAGCCACUGAAACAGUGGCUUCAUUAUCAACCUACAAAACAUAAAGAUAACAUUCCCAAGCUUGGGACCUGAGUAACGUUGUGUACCAGCUCGUACUGAGCACAGUCUCUGAACUUUUGAAUUCCUUCCACAUCUUUGAUCUGCUGGAUUAUUUUAAUCAGACGUAAAAAAAAUCCAAAAUGCUAACUUGUUGAAAGACUUGAAAUGUGCCCUUUGUGUGAUAAAAAUAUUUCAAAAGCUAACGGCAAAAAGGAUCAACUCUCUGCUGGUCUGAGAUGGAGAGAAUACCGAAUCACGAGGUGACUUCAUAUUGUCAUUUUACCAACUGUUUUCGGGAACUGAAACUUUCAGACUGACUUUUACAUUUUUAUUGCUUAAAAAUGGUUUUUAUACUUUAUUUUCACGUCCACUUUUCAAACAAAUAAACUAUUCUGAGCA